AAAGCUUUGAAACCAAGAGUUCGUUUGGUUACACCAGUGUUCUAAUGUUAGUUAAUCUUUGUACUGCCAAGAGGUGUUCAUUGUGAUUAGGUAUUUCAAGUCUUCACUUUGUUUUAUAAUUUUCAGUUUAAUUCUCUUUUGAUGGAAACUAGAUUUUUUAAUGAAUCAAUGGUAAAUUGUGUUUGGUAGAAUAAGGAAUUUCACCCUUAACGGACUUAACCUGCAAACCCUUCUUGGUGUUGUGAUACCGUCAAGGCCAAGAUAAGGAAUUCCUGUCUGUGCAAUCUAAAAGUAGUGCGCGUUCAGCUGUGUGUGAAUCCCAGCAUUUACUGUACGACAGUGUUGAGGAGACAACGGCCGGAUCUUAGUUAACGCAGUGACGUGCAGCUGUCGAAUAAGGGUUAUGUUAAGACAAUGAUGACCUUUUGUUUCAGAUAAAUUCAGCAAUUUAGAAAAAAGGGAAAAACAGAAAUGAGUGUCAACACAACAAUUGUGAGGCAGUUGAAAGAAAUCUUUCCUAGCAUGGAGGAAGAUUUCUUAUCUGGCCUCUGUGAAGGUUACACACUUGAAAACAUUGAUAUGAGCGAGUUGGUGGAUCUAGUGAUGGGUUUCCAAAACCCUGGAAUACAUGACCAGAUUACCCAGAAUAGUUUUCAAAACAGUGUUCAACAUGUAGAUCAUCAGGUUUAUAAUGAUAACGGUUUCCAAUAUCUAAGUGAUGAAAAUGUCAUCUCUGAUGUUAUUCAGAAUAACAUACAUAAUUUGAGUCCUGAAGUGGAUAACAAUGACAUUCCUUAUCCAGAAGAAAUUGUUUUCAAUAAUGAAGAAGAAAUGAUAAGUGUGUUACCUGUUAUUGAAGAUGAUACUAUAGUGAUAGAAGAUGAUAUUUUGGUUGGAUGUGCACCAUCUCGUGAUGGAGAAGGAGGUAACCUUAUAAAUACUGUUGAAGCAUCUGCUAAGAGUGAAACUAACAAAGUAAUUUCUGGUGAUAAUCAAUUGGAAGGUUCUGUGAAAGUCAUGUCAGAAGUGUGUUCAGAAUUGGAAUCCCUGGAAAAUAAAAAAGGAACAUUUGAAUCUGAAUCUUCUAAGUUGCAAGAUCAAGUUGGAAAUGAUGAAGAUUUAUCUAUUGAGGCUUCCAUCAGGUAUCUUUGGGUAGAAGAGAUAAACGUUACAACUAAAGAUUCACAGAUUUCUCAAAACAGUAUGAAGGAAGCGUUUCAUGAUGAGGCAACAGUUAAAGCAAAUAAAUUGAAUAAACAGUCUUCUAACAGUAGAAACAACUGCGCUUUGGAAUCUCCUAAAACAAUGUCGGAGGAAAGUAUAGAGUCUUCACAUAAUGUGUCAGGUAAAAGUGAGACAUCCCAUCAACAAAGAAAAAUCAGAAUUGUGUCAAGAAGGUCACUUGACUCAGUGAGUUAUGAUAAAUCUCCAAAUCACUGGUCGCCAAAGCGAGUGUCUUUGCGAAGCUGUAAAGUGAAGAAUGAUGAAUGGAGAUUAAGGAAACUUUUGCGCAAAAAUAGACUCUCAGUGCCCCACAAGGGGCAGGAAAGUGUUGAAACCAGUCCAAUAUCUCCGUCUCAAUUUGACAAUGUUGAGAGUAAGUUCUCUCUGCUCAGCAAAGUCUUGCCAAAUGCUCAACCUGAGUAUCUAAUGGAGGAAUGCCGAAAGAUAUCCAGCCAAGAAGAGCUUUUAACAUUCAUUUCUCAAUCACUUGAAACUAAAGACACAAAGAUAAUGGAUCCAUUUGAGUGUACAGUGGAAGAAUUUCUUAUGGUAAUACCAGACCCAGUCGAGGAGUUUUCAGACAGUUACAUCAGGACAGGUUAUGAAGAGAAUGCAGAAAUCUACUUAAAGUCUCGAUAUACAAAUUUGGAGUUGUGUAUGAAUAUAAAGGAGCUGUUGAUGACCAAUAACUACAACCUGACGUAUGUGUGUCAGCACCUGGACUCCCUGGGAAUGAAACCAAACCCGUUAAGGGUACAAUUGUACAAAUCGGCCAGUUUAUUCUUCCACCAAGAGGUGUGGUAUAUUGAGCACAAGGAAGAGGUUCUUAACAUGUUGGAGAGUGCAUUAGAGGCGGCCAGAAUAGAUGCUGAGUUGAACCGACCUCCCACACCACCUCCUGUGGAGGAGGUAUUUGAGUGUGAGAUAUGCAGAGAUGAAGUAGUGGACUACUCAGAGUUGGGCACUUGUGACGGCCCCUUGGGUCACCUCUUCUGUAAAGCCUGUGUCAAACGGAGUGCAGAAAUCAAAUUUGCAGAGGGUGGCAUUAAAUUCCCCUGCCUGAUCAACUGUGGCGGUUCCAUCCCACUUCAGACUGUCAAGGAAGUUAUGGAACCUCAGAUGUAUGAAAAGUUAAUGGAUAAUAUACAAGAUGUGGAGAUAAAGGCAGCAAACAUGUCAGGUAUGGAAUACUGCCCAUUCUGUAACUAUGCCAUCAUCCGUCCAGAAGAAAUAAUUUUCUACUGUAAACGCCCAAGUUGCAUGAAGCUAAGUUGUCGGAUUUGUCGGAAAGAGGCGCAUCCUGAAAUGUGUGCAUUUUUAAAAGAACAAGAUGAAGAAGCUGCUCGCCACCUACUAGAAGAAAAGAUGACAGAGGCUCUAGUAAGGCAAUGUUACAAGUGCAAUAGCCAAUUUGUCAAGGAAGUUGGAUGUAACAAGAUGACUUGUAACUGUGGAGCUUUGAUGUGUUACAUAUGUCGUCAACCUGUCAAAGACUACACGCACUUCAACGGUCCAGGAGGAGACAAUCAUAACAGGUGUGAGCUGUUCUCAGACGAUGCUGCUGUACAUGACAGACCCGUGGCUGCUGCAGCUCAGCAAGCUUUUCAACAGUUGGCAGCCAACAACCCUGGGCUUAACCUAGAUAUGGACAAAAUCAUUCCUAAGUAACUUUUCAGUAUAUGACUUUUAAUGUGAUAUGAACAGUCCAAAAAUGGAUUUUGUAUUCUCUAAAUUAAUUGCUCAUCGUAUGUUGUAAUUAUAUCUAGUGUUAUAACAUUUUGAAUUCCAGUGUGCCUAGCACUCUUGAUUCAUCAUGUAAUCUUUACUUGUACAUUAUUAUUGGACACAUAUUGUGAUUGUUUCGACAUAGUCGUUUUGGAGUCAAACCAUUUUCAGCUAAAUGAGCUUAUUUAUCAUACUUUGGGUAAUUUUUGUUAUUAUAGUAUGUGAGUAGUAAGAACUUAUUAAUAUUUUAUUUUGUCUUUUAAUAUACUGUAUUGAUCAUUAUUCAAAUAUAUCUUUAAGCUAUCAUUUUAUACAAUCUAGAGCUUCAAAACUAAAUAUGUGAGCAGUUUAUUAAUUCGAAUUGACACAAUUCUUAGUUGUUAUUGUUUGCUUGAUAGUUUUAAUGGAUAACAGAACCGCCAUGAGCAUUUGACAUCAUUGUGUAAUAAUUUUAAAAAACCACCAGUUCUGUUAAUGACGUUACAAUGGUGAAAAUAUGCAACUACUUAGUUAUUCUUUAGUAAAAUAGUUCUUGUUACUGAUGCAACUUUUUAUUUUGGUACAUUUAUAGUUAUUUAGUUUAUUAUAAUCAUAUUUUCUUUAUUAAAUUAUGUAUUAAUGUAAA